CUGCCGUUAUAUGCUGAAAGCCACAUUAUUACUAGGGAGCAAAUGAGAGAAACGCCCCGUUUUUGCGCUUCAGUGUUGCGAUGCAGCGUCAUGUACACAGAAAAGUUGGCAGAGUUGUGCACUGUGUCAAUAGACACACAUAUAUGACUGCAUGUGGUUCAUAGGGAGGGAGGGACGGAGGAGGAUAAACUACUCUAGGAUGGUCCGCAGAAAAAUGAACGACCGCACUGCAAAACGGGGUUAUGGAUCAUUUAUCGAGACAGUAGGACUCCACAACUAAGGUUAACUUUUUUUUUUUUUUUUGAACACCGAUGGAAGUUGGAAGCUGCUUAGAAAACCAGCUGCAUUCAUGUCCGGGAGAGUUUGUCAAACCAAUGAAUUUAGUAAUGGAUGAUCAUGGAUCCCAGUCUCAUCCACGGAGCUCUGGUUUGAGGGUGUCGACCAAAAGCAAAGCACCAUCCCCGCCUGGAUUAAAGAGGCUGGAAUCCCCAGGUUUCUCCCAGCGGUACCCAGGAAACCCUCAUUUAAAGAUGGACCAGAAGGAGAACCUUAUUGAUAAAGAACUCUCUCUGACCGUGGUUCUGCCUGGUGGAGUGGAAAAGACGGCCAUAGUUCAUGGAAGCGAACCCCUAAUGGAUCUCCUGGUGACACUUUGUGCAAAGUAUCGCUUGAACCCCUCAAGUCACACUUUAGAACUGGUUACUUCCAACAAGAACAACAUCAAGCUCAAACCCAAUGCCCUCAUAGGAACUUUAGAUGCAGAGAAGAUCAUACUUAAACCUAAAGGGGAGGAUAAAAAUAAGAAGACAGGUCCUCAGAUGCCCGAGGCAACUGUUCGGAUGGUGAUAAACUACAAAAAGACCCAGAAAACUAUAUUGCGAGUAAAUCCUCGAGUCCCCCUUGCUGAACUCUUACCAGCAAUCUGUGAGAAAUGCGAAUUUGACGUAGAGACAACAAUCCUGUUGAAAGAUGUCCAAUCAAUGACCCCUUUAAACUUGUCCAAUUCUCUUAAUGAUUAUGCAAUACGGGAGGUUUAUGCAAGAGACACACAAGCACAACCUGCUACGCCUGUGUGUCCAGGCUCACCGACUUAUGCAGGAACAGUCACACCGGGCAAAGAUAAAACUCAAAAAGAAAAGGAAAACAAAGGCCUCUUUGGAGUGUUCAGAAAAAGCAAGAAAAAAUCUGACCAGCCAACGACAGCCAGUGCCCCAGCUUCUCCUGUUCUCGUGAGCAAGCCUCGACCACUCAGUAUGGCCUUGCCCAGCUCCAACUCGUCUCCGCUCGGCUCUCCGACAAUCUCGACCGAUGUGCCAAAGAAGAGGCGUGCACCCCAGCCUCCGAUCCGUGUAUCUCAAAGCUGCACCUCUGACCCUAGGACUCGCCAGAGGCUCUACUCUGAACCGAAUGUUCGACUGGACGGUGAUCAGGUGUGUGGUCUGAGUCGUGGGUCGUCAGCAGAGUCUUCACUGAAGAGAACCAAACGCAAGGCGCCUCCUCCUCCUACAUCUCCAAGUGCAGUUGCUCAAGAACCUGUUUCUCCAGAUGAAAAUGUGCAAGCAGGUGAUGCUGCUCACAGACUGGAAGAAAUAAGGGAGCAAGAGGAGAUGACUGCAUCUGUAAUGUCUGCAACUGCUAGUAAUACGCAAGGAGUAGACGACAGCCUCAACACGUCAUCUGAUGUUUCACCGCAUUCCCCUUCCCCAGAUGUUGAGAUACAGAGCACGAUGUCAGUGGAAGAUCAGUCCCCUGAUCUGUCUUCGGAUAGCAAUCAACAGCAGAGCACAGUGAAUGAUUCUGUAACUCAGACUGUGAGGAAAACUGAUGUCACAGACUCAUCUGAACCGGCAGAUACUAAUUGUGUCCCACUUCAGGUUGAAAAUUCCAUCUGUCAGGAGUCUGCAACUCACAGUGUUGAAACCGAAUGCAGUACUACAACUAGCAGCCUCCCUCCGCCUGUAAUGCAGGAUGCGGAGACACAGGCCUCUGUUCAAGCAAACGCUGAAAGCCUCAGGGAGAAUUCAGUGGCCACCAGCACAUCAUGCUCCACUGGAGAGGAUGCUCAAGUGCAAUCAAAUUUCACACAGCUCCCCGCGCCCCCGCCAGAACACGUGGACGAAGAUUCCUCACCAUCAAUUGCCCCCGUCUGUGAAUCACCUGGGAAGAAAGAUAUGGCCACUUUGACGGAGGAUCUGGGACCUCCUGAGCUUGAGCAAGCCUUACCCCCCACGUCGGAGACCUCAUUACGCCAAGAUUCAACACCAAGUGCCCCCGUCACAGCAAAAGUGCCACCUAUGUAUGCCACAGACUCUGAGCCAAAGCCUAAGCCUUCCAACGAACUUACAAGGGACUACAUCCCCAAGGUGGGGAUGACAACGUAUACUAUUGUGCCUCAGAAAUCUCAGGAGAAACUGAGAUAUUUUGAAGUUGCAUUGACACUGGAGACGCCUACUGAAGCCUCACAACAGGUACUCAAUACUGGUUCUGCUCAUUCAGAUGAGAGCACAAGACAGAUGGAACAGGAAGUCUCAAAGGAAAAAAGUGAGCCGCAUUCUACUUUACACAGGGAAGAUGGACUGCCUAACACUGCUACUAAUCAACACACUGUUAAUGGAGGUAUACCUGAAUCUACUCAUUUGUCAUCACCGACAAGUUUAUGUAACACAGACAAGGUGUCAUCCUCAGUUGGGGCAUCUCCAGCUGGGUCCCCAGCAGAGGUCAAGGAAAUGAAAAUUCCACCUGCAACGAAACCUAAGCCUGCUUCUUUCCGCUUCUCACAGCACAAAAAAACACCUGGUCAUUAUGUAACUUCAGCAGCAGAGAAGAGUCUUGGCGCCAACUCUAGCUCUGGCCUGAGGGAAGUUCAAGGAAGUGCAGAAAGAGCAAACUUACCACCCCCUCCUCUUCCUCCUCCUGUGCAGUGUGACGUGGAGACAACAGGGGCCACUAAUAUUCAGCUGAGCCCUAAACAGGCCGACAAGUAUGUGCCCCUCAUGAGAAUGGGAAGGCAAAGUAGUCUGCCAGCUAGAGAGCCAAGCACUGGGCUAACCUUGGAAAAGUUUCGAAGCUUUGCAGCACCCAGGCCUUAUGCUCCUGCCACCCCGUCCCGCUUUGCUCAGGCAGUGUCCUCGGCUGUGAAAAGGAGUCAUUCUGUUACCUAUCGGCCAAAGCCGCCUCUCUCACCCGUGUUACCACCUGUCUCUCCAACUCCAAGUCUCUCAUCUGUCACCGAGUCAAAGCAGUUAUCUAAACUCAAGGACUGUGAACAUAGCGAGGUGGACAGCAAUGGCUCUACCUUACAGAGCGGAGAAGGUGAACCGCCAUCUAAUAGUGACAAUGUUCAAACGGGAGAGUCCGGUCCAUAGCAGUGCCUUAAUUCUUCUGACUGCAUAUCAUUUACAGAGAAACUUGUCCUGCGUGCUUUGACUUCUCUGGAGCCCUUUAUCCCAGGACAAAGAAGAAGAAAGUCUCCCCU